AAUUUUGGAUUUUUCAAUAUUUUGAUGAGUAUUUGCUUCUCUUAGGUGUGGAUAAGGUUGAUUCAGAAGGAGUUGAAGUUAUAACAAUAGAUUCAGAUACAGACGAUGCACCCUGCCCAGUCAAAGAGGAAUUUGUCAAUGGUGAUGGUUUGGAUUCUACCUUGAGCGAAGUACUAGAUGGAAUUGAAAGUGGAAACCUAAAUAGUAAUGCAUGUCCAGUAUGUGAAGUUAAUGGACCUCCUGGACCCAACUCUGCUCACAAGUGUGCAGAGUGUCAUGUACCAGUCCAUUCAUUUGGCUGCUCUGUACAAAACCCAAAUGGUGUAGAGGGAUAUGGUGGGAAUGACAGAGUCUGUCUACCAUGCUCCAGAAAAGUCAAACCAACCAAGACAAAUAGGUACAACCCAUCAUGGAAGUGUCACACAUGUGGCAACAAGGAUAUAGUAUUGAAAACUAUAAAAACACCUGGUCCAUGCCUUGGCUGGGAGUAUUAUGGAUGUUUUGCUUCAUCCUGUACGAAAGACAAACCAUUUUUGUUUUGGGCUCCGAAAGACAAGUCAAGUGAAAAAAUAGUGUCACCAGGGAAGCGGAUCAAUGUAACCCAGCGCAAACAGAAAGGUCCAAAAAGAAGUUACAGUGAACCUUUAUCACAUGGUGAGAUAACUGGAACUGAGCAGCCAAUGAAAAGGACAAGGCCAAUGCGCCAGAUACAAUUGCCUUUGAAAAUUAGGAGAUCCUACGUAUUUGAAACGCCUUAAUUCGAGUCACCGAUGCAAUUUGUGCACUAUGUUAUAUCCCAAAAUCGCAGUCUAGUCAUAAGUCUAGCAAGAUUCCAACUGCAGUCAAACCCUGUUAUAGCGUUGCACCUCGGGGAAGUAAAAUCGCGAUGUUAUAAGCGGGUUAAUUUUGCAUGGAAAAUUGGAUUUUGGUUCUAGGAAAUCGCGACGUUAUAAGCGGGUAAACGCUACAUCCGUAAACGUUAUAACAGGGUUUGACUCUACCAGUUUUGAUUACUUUUAUGUUUAUCGUUGUACAAUUAUUUUUGAUAAGAUUUCGAAGUUUGACUUUACCAGUUUUGAUUACUUUUAUGUUUAUCGUUGUACAAUUAUUUUUGAUAAGUUCUACCCCAUGUUAUCUGAAAUUCAAUCUAGCCAUCAUAGGUCUAUCAAGAUUCGAACUACCAGCUUUGAUUACCGUACUUUAAUGUUUAUCUUUGUAAAAUUAUUUUUGAUAGAAUUCAAGAUUGUAUACGUGUUAAAUCAAUGAGUAGGUAUUUUGUUUUAUGUUUUGAAUACCGGUAUUUUGCUGUAUUGAGUUUUCUUUGAUUCGUACAUAGUUUUACUCAGUGACUUGCAAUUCAUUAAAAAAAAUUGAAUAGA